UGACCAUUCACCACCCACCAUGUCACCAUCCCUGUUCUCUUUGCCUCCGGAGAUCCUCACUCAGUGCAUGGAAUAUCUGGACUACUGGUCUCUGCUACAAUGCACGAAGGUCUGUAGAGCAUUCAAGAACGUUGUCAAUGGCUCUCUUGCACUUCAAUACAAGACUGAGCUCGCUAUGGACAGCAUGGAGGAUGGAGAGAGCUCCCACCUUCUAAAUGCCGAGCGGCUGGAACGCCUUCGUGAACUGCGGCGCGCCUGGGCGAAUUUGGACUGGAAGGAGUUCACGAGCAUUCCGUUUAGCGGAGAAUGCAGCGCAUACGAGCUCGUCGCCGGAGUAUUUGUCAAGAUGUUCUUGGGAAGGGAUUUCUCCUCGACACGACUUCCUUCGUCGACGCGACCUACUGUGCAUCAGGUGGUGUUUCCGGACCAAGACAUGUUAGUGAAAGAUUUCGCCAUGGAUCCAAGUCAAGACUUGCUCGCGAUGCUUGUGGAUGAUGCGUCACCUCCUUCCUAUACGACAAAUCGCAUUCUCACUAUGCAUUUACGGUCGCUUUCAACACUUAAUGAUCACCCUGAGGCGGAGGUACCGCGAAUAAAUAUCUCUAUACGUCCAGGAGAAAUGUGGGCCAACCUUGUGGGCGUUUGUACCAUCCAGGUGGCGCAAGACUCUCUAGCCCUCUUCAUUCGCCAGCCUAUCAAAGAGUCGCAUUUGUACAUCUGGAACUGGAAGACCGGAAAGCUUCUAAUCAAUCACGAUGAUCACGGUGAUCUGCCUAGAGGCGUGUACCAUUUCGGAUUCGUGACCUGGAAUACCUACAUUCUCACAACAACUUCAUCUCCUGGUUAUAUCUAUCUGGUGCAGAUUUCAGAGGAAUUGAAAUAUAGGACGAUUGUCGUGCUUCAAUUGCCAGAAAUCGUGGACAAUGUUCAUAUCGAUGCGGCCAUCACACAUUCAGGAGCAAUCACUGCGUCAGCAAUAGACGGCGAACUGUUCAUCGCUUCUCCAGAACGACGCAUACAUACGUUCACCGUAACGUACGCAUUUCUGGAUCCUGCUCGGGAGGCGGCGACAUAUACACUAUUCGUCCCAAACGAAGCAUUCUUGCAAUAUAUCUCGGAUUACGAAGAUAGAAGUAAGAAUCUUUUGUGCUAUCUCUUAUGGGAGAACUGGGGUCCCAGACAUACGCGUAUGUUGCCGAAUGAGGGCACUUUCAAUUGGAUGCGAUACGCCUACGGGGAGAAGGUUGUAUGCCCCGCUAUUCCGGGGAGGAACGUAUUGCAGGUGCUAGAUUUCAACGUCUAUCCAUCGCGUCCUCGUCCACCGACCACGUGUCCCUUUUCUCGAGGGCGUAUUAUCACCGGGCCGACUACGCUAGAUCGGGCACACAUCUUUAAGCAAAAAGUACAGACCUGUCUACCAUUCUAUUCUACUUCGCGGGAGAUGGCAAAGGAGUAUUCGGGGUUUAUGAUCGACGAGCAGAGGAUCAUUGCUUUGAAGGUACAUGACUAGUCACUCUUGUUGGUCCUCAGAAAGCUGCUGAUAUGUGAUAUGCUCCUAGAUGCUUGGAGAUAUCGAUGAUAGUACUGAACUUGAAUCUGUUGAUGUGUACUCUUUCUAAUGCGGGGCCAGAAUCUGGCCCCUCGCCUUGUAUUUUCUCGUAUUCUGCAGGAAACUCAUUUGGACACAGGACUUCUAUAAAAGCUGUCAUCUGUUAAAGAAUAGAGACAAUCUUUUAAUUGGGACUCCUUCCUGCGCAAAAAUCUAC